AUGUUCUGGCGAAUGGCUGGAUUGUCUACGGCUUCCGCCGUUGAGGCAAUUUUGGACAAAGAUGGGUUCACAUUAGAGGAUCUUCUUGACGAGGAUGAACUCAUUCAAGAAUGCAAAUCCCUUAAUGGCCGACUCUUAAAUUUCUUGAGAGAAAGAGUGCAAGUGGAGCAACUAAUUAGGUACAUAAUUGAGGAGCCUCCCGAGGAUGUGGAAAAGAAGCGAACUUUCAAGUUUCCUUUCAUUGCCUGUGAAAUUUUCACAUGUGAGAUUGAAAUGAUACUGAAAACACUAGUCGAGGAUGAGGAGUUGAUGUUAUUACUUUUUUCGUUUUUGGAAGCUAAAGAAACCCAUAACUCAUUACUUGCCGGAUACUUUAGCAAGGUUGUCAUUUGUCUGCUGGUGCGGAAGACCAUCCCGUUCAUGCAAUUCAUAAAAGAUCAUCAAGAAAUACUGAAGCAGCUUGUUGAUUUGAUUGGUAUUACAUCUAUAAUGGAGGUUUUAAAACGUCUGGUCGGUACUGAUGAACACUUGUACUCAAGCUACACAAGUGCAAUGCAGUGGGUAGAAGAUACAGAUAUUUUGGAGAUGAUUGUGGACAAGUUUGGCUCCUCCGAUUGUCCCGAGGUACAUGCCAACGCAGCCGAAGUUCUUUGUACUGUAGCAAGAUACGCACCCCCUGGUCUUGCAACAAAACUUUCCAGUCCCAGCUGCACUGGAAGGUUGUUAAAACACACGUUAGAAGAUUCACGGCCUAAGUCUGUACUGGUUAAUUCAUUGUCCGUAUGCAUAUCUCUGCUGGAUCCCAAGAGAUUUACACUGGGGACUUAUCAUAUAUAUAGUCGUCAACUAACCCAUGGAAGCAUGGUACCUAAUCCCGAGACAGUGGAGGGAAUGCUUUAUAGCCUAGGUGAUUUACUCAUGCUUUUGAAUACAUCAUCUGCUGAGGGUGUUCUGUUAACAACUUAUGGCAAGUUGCAACCGCCUCUUGGAAAACACAGAUUAAAGACCCAAGGCUCUAUUGAACGCGAUGAUGAGGAUGUUUACUUUGAUGACGAAUCUGCAGAAGUCGUCAUAUCUUCAUUGCGCCUUGGAGAUGAACAGGAGAGCGGUUCUCUCUUCACAAAUUCAAACUGGUUUGCUUUCGAUGAUGAAAAAGCUGCGGAUGAAUGCUCAAUGGCUUCCCCUCCACCCAAUGAUGAUGAAGAUGAUGAUGAUGAUGCUGUCAUAGGUGAAGCCGAUGAUGACUUCAAGGACACUGCAGACUCCCCACCUGUUGAUAUGGAAACAGAGGAUUCUACAUCAAAGAAUCCUUCUGAAAACCAGAGUGAACCAGAAGCCGAAAAAUCAGCCGGUUGGGUCGAAUGGAGAGAGACCUCCGAGUCCACUGCGCCUUCUUCAAACCCAGAUGAAGCCACCACAUUGCCCAAUGGUGGGGUUCAAAUGGAUGAUGGUGAUGAUACUGAUAAACAAAUUGCAGAGGAUUCGCCAACAGGUGCAAGUGGCGAUGAAACCACAGAGAAGUCACCAGAUGCAGCAAGUGGGGCUGAAAUAGCCGAGAAGUUGAAAGAUUCUAGUUCUGAUGCGUCAGGACUAGUUGCUGAGUCGCAUGAGAAUGCUCAAAGCUCUGAACCUGCAAAUUCGCAGGAAACGGAGAAGAGCCAGGAAGCAGAUGUUGCUGCAGAAACCGAAGAGCCUGUGAAGGAAGUAUGAGUUUUACUUAAAAUCGGACUACGUAAAACAAAUUCCUGCAGAUGCUUAUAGUUUUGGAUUCUUUCUUUAUUUUUUGUUCUAUCAUCUCCAAAUCCAGUCCAACACUAUUGUCGACCAAAUUUGUCACUAGCCUAUCAUUUUUAUAUAUAGUUUUUUUUUUUAACCUCAUAAGUAGUAUGUUAUAAAAGUUGUUGCUCUUAAGCCGCAGAUAAUAAUUCAUGGUAAAACAAUCAGAUGUUAAUCUCAUGUCUCCUGCAU